UGACGGGCCAUUCAGGUCCACCUCGCACCGUGGAGCCGCGCUGAAAGGUGUACCGGGGCUACAGCGUACGGGUAGUGAGGUCUCUCUGCUGGAUGGCAGGCGGGACAACGGUAAAGACCAAAGCCAAUCGUGUGUACGUAGUGUGUCAGCUGGAGGGCAUUUGGAUUUCUGGCUGGACUUGCCCAACCCAAAAUAUGCCCUGAAAUAAUCUGCUGGUAUAGAAUUAAGCGGUAUUACGAUGAAAGUUUUAUGAUAAACCCAUAACCCAUAACAUUGCUUCUGCCGCAGCAAACUGUAUUGAGUUAACAAAUAAAAUGAGUCUUAAACAAAAAAAAACUAGAAAAUAUAUAAAAUAAUAGGAGACAAUACAAACCCAACCAUGCUGCCUUUGCAGAAGUGAGUGUUGGAUGUGUAAUGACUCAUUGUUAGCACUCUGUGGGUAAUGAAUCAUCUCAGAGUACACAGUGACAGCUAUAUGCACGCUUUCUGUCUGAGAGAUAAGUCCUCCGAUAGCUGCUUUGAGCCGGGCCUCCGUCUGCCGGCACAUUGAGACGUAUUCUGAAUAAAAUGUGCGUCUGUGUGUGUCUACAUGCAUCUGUGCGUGUGUAUGUGUGUGCGUGUGUGUAUGUGUGCGUGAGUGUGUGCAAGGCAUAACAUUUAAUAAGGAAUGCCUGCCAAUAUAGUAUCAUGAUAUAUAAUAUAUCGACAGUAAUAAAACAAUUAAGCAAUAAAGUUCACGCAGAUCCUUCAUAAAUUAUUACAAUUCAGUAUAAAGUGUUUAAUCUAAACAGUGGUAUGUAAAUUAGGCGGAGAUUGUGUUUCGUUAACCGUUGAAUUAAAAACCUGGGAGUCUUUCUCCAAGGCAAAAUCUCUCGUUACAAGGCUAGGCCUGAGAUUUGAAUUGGAAAUGUCUCCUCUCUCCUCCCUGUAUUUAUUGAUUUGGUUCCACUUAAAAAUAGCUGCACUGCUUGUCAAAGAGUGCAAAUAUUCCACAGGAAGACGGUUAAAAAGGAGUUCAACUUCCUUCGCCUUCUUACAAUCUAUUUGUGUAUUUGUAUGUGUGUGUUUGAGUGUGUGUGUGUAUGCACGUGUGUCUGUUUGUGUGUGAGUUUAUGUGUGUGUCUGUGUGAGUGUGUGUGUGUGUGUGUGUGUUCGUGUGUGUGUAUGUGUGCUUAUUUGUGGCUGUCUGAGAGUAUUUGUUUGUCUUUGUAUGUGGUGUGUGUGUGUGCAUGUGUGUGUAUUUGUGUGCGUGUGUGUGUGUGUGUGUGUGUGUGUGUGUGUGUGUGUGUGUGUGUGUGUGUGUGUGUGUGUGUGUGUGUGUGUGUGUGUGUGUGUGUGUGUGUGUGUGUGUGUUUGUCUCCUCCAGGCAUCACCGCGGCGGCCUCCCUGGUGUCCCUAGCCUGGGCUCUGGCCUCGUACCAGAAGGCGCUCCGGGACUCCCGGGACGACAAGAAGCCCGUCAGCUACCUGGCCGUGGUCAUCCAGUUCUGCUGGCACUUCUUCACCAUCGCGGCGCGCGUCAUCACCUUCGCGCUCUUCGCAUCCGUGUUCCAGCUCUACUUCGGCAUCUUCAUCGUGCUGCACUGGUGCGUCAUGACCUUCUGGAUCGUCCACUGCGAGACCGACUUCUGCAUCAGCAAGUGGGAGGAGAUUGUGUUCGACAUGGUGGUCGGCAUCAUCUACAUCUUCUCCUGGUUCAACGUCAAGGAGGGCCGCACCAGAUACCGCCUGUUCACGUACUACCUGGUGAUCCUGGUGGAGAACGCCACGCUCAGCACCCUGUGGUACCUCUACCGCGCGCCGCACGCCACCGACGCCUUCGCCGUGCCCGCGCUCUGCGUCAUCUUCAGCUCCUUCCUCACCGGCGUGGUCUUCAUGCUCAUGUACUACGCCUUCUUCCACCCCAACGGCCCGCGCUUCGGCCGCUCCCCCAGCGGCCAGGCGCUCAGCCUGGACCCCUCCGCCGCGCAGUUCUCCGCGCUGCCACCGGAGGGCGCCACUAACUCGCUGCGCUCCAACCGGGAGCGCAGCGCCACGCUGGAGCGCGACCUGGCCCAGCACUCGGAGCGCGACGGCUGCAUGCCCGUGUUCCAGGUGCGGCCCACCGCCGCCUCCACGCCCUCAUCGCGGGCGCCGCGGCUCGACGAGACGGUGGUCCGCAUCGACCUCUGCCGCAACCGCUACCCGGCCUGGGAGCGCCACGUCCUGGACCGCAGCAUCCGCAAGGCCAUCCUGGCCAUCGACUGCUCGCCGGCGCCGCCCCGCCUGCAGUACAAGGACGACGGCACCGUGCAGGAGCGGCUGGAGUACGAGACCACCCUGUAGCCCCGCCCGGCCAGACCCCCAGCGGACCAAUCAGAACCCAUUAUUCACGGCGGCGGCGAAAGGGAAAUUAAUUCCGGGGGUAGGCGGGGGGGCAAAAGGGAA